AUGGCUUCGAACCAUGAACAAUCCAGUCAUGGAUCAUACCAUGAUAAGGAGCAGACUGCCGUCGCCGUGCUUGACGAGCGUCGUCGUGCUGCUCUAGCAGAAAUCGAUAACGCCCCCUUCUCUUGGUUUCAUGUCAAGGUUUGCCUAGUCGCCAGUGUAGGUUUCUUCACCGAUGCCUACGACAUUUUUGCCAUCAACAUCGCCUCCAUAAUGUUGGGCUAUGUCUAUGGUAACACAAAAAACCAGCUCAGCUCCAACCAAUCUUUGGGUGUCAAGGUAGCUACUCCCGUCGGGAACUUGGUGGGCCAAUUACUUUUUGGUUGGCUCGCAGAUAUUCUCGGCCGGAAGCGGAUGUAUGGCAUUGAGCUAAUGAUUAUGAUCAUCGCGACAUUCGGUCAGGCUCUUGCUGGUGAGGCUCCAGCAGUGAACAUUCUAGGCGUUAUCAUUGUUUGGCGUUUCAUUAUGGGGGUUGGCAUCGGCGGUGACUACCCAUUGAGUGCCAUCAUUUCCUCAGAAUUCGCUGCUACACGUUCACGUGGUCGUCUCAUGACUGCUGUGUUCGCUGCACAGGGUUGGGGUCAAUUCGCUGCUGCCCUCAUCGGUGUCAUCAUUGUCGAAGCAUAUAAGGAUUCUAUCCUCAGUGCCCCCUUCCCCUGCGUUGUCCCUGUCGAUCAUACCUGGCGUCUCUUGAUCGGUCUUGGAUGCGUCCCUGGUGUAAUUGCACUCUAUUUCCGUCUCACCAUUCCAGAGACUCCACGGUUCACCAUGGAUAUCGAGCGCAAUAUCGCGCAAGCCACGACAGAUAUUGAAAACGUUUUGACAACUGGCAAGUCAGUCUUUGACGAAGAUGCCCCGGUCCAGCGUGUCAAGGCCCCGAGGGCAACCCGCGCAGACUUCCGAGCAUACUUCGGCCAGUGGAAGAAUUUGAAAGUCUUGAUUGGCACUGCCUACUCCUGGUUUGCUCUCGAUAUCGCUUUCUACGGCCUUGGUCUCAACAGCUCAAUCAUUUUGACCGCAAUCAACUUUGGGGCCCCCACUAGCGCAAAAUCCACGUCGCUCUAUGUUUACGAGAACUUGUACAACAUUUGUGUUGGCAAUCUUAUCCUCUCCGUUGCGGGCUUGAUUCCAGGAUAUUGGGUAUCUUUCCUUUUUAUCGACUCUUGGGGACGCAAGCCUAUUCAAUUAAUGGGCUUCACCAUACUCACCAUCCUUUUUGUCAUCAUGGGUUUCGCUUAUGAUAAGUUGAACACCCCCUCGAACAACAAAGCUUUUGUCUUCCUGUACUGCCUCACCAACUUCUUCCAAAACUUCGGUCCUAAUACGACCACUUUUGUCGUUCCGGGAGAGGCUUUCCCCACUCGUUACCGUUCAACUGGCCAUGGUAUUUCCGCUGCAUCUGGGAAGCUUGGAGCUAUCAUAGCCCAGGUUGGCUUUGCUCAGCUGGCUAACAUCGGUGGCACGAACAAAUUCAUAAAUCAUAUCAUGGAGAUCUUUGCUUUCUUUAUGUUGACUGGUAUUUUCUCGACACUUCUCAUCCCCGAAACAAAGCAAAGAUCGCUUGAAGAUAUUUCGAAUGAGAAGCAGGAAGGCUAUAUCCAAGGCGCUCCUGGAGCAACAUCCUAG